AACUAUAGUAUUUUUUGUGGGUUUAGGCAUAUAGUUGGAUACAUAGUAUUUUUUUUUUUUUAAUCCACCCUAAGUUGUAGAAUCUCUACAUAACCGUUAUCAAAUUCAAGUUUGCAUUUUCUGAAUUCAAAGAUUCAGUCAAACUGAAAUUGAAAGUUUGGGUCAAGUUCGUAGAAGUCAUUGAAAGCCAUCACGUUAGAUCUACUUACUUAGCUUCCAUAGGUAACCCUAUAUAUAACUGAAGCUGAUACUAGGCAACAUAGAGCUGCAGAUGAAACCGUACCGGCGUACCCAAUCCCAUCCCAGACAAGAAGAAAUCCCCAGCCUCAACCAAAAAGGUAAACCAGUAUAGGGACCAUCCUUGUGGCAGUGUUCGUUGUUGUGCUUCAAGCACAAACAUGCGUCACGUGUUCUGCUACCAUAACGCUCAGAUCACCGGUCGACGUCCCAUCGAUCGCGUGUUCAGUUGAUCUCCUUCAUUAAAAUGAGCCUUUCUGGUUCUGUUACUGUCUGUGUUAGGCCACAGUAGGGCUUCUCCAAUAAUGCAAGUGAUAAUUUUAAUUCUACCAAAAGAAAUUAUUAUAAGAUGGGGGGGGGAUAGGGUAUUAAUGCCUUUGUCUGGUUUUGUUUGUAUGUUUGGACAAGAAUCUAAGGCCCCUCAUUUUCCGCCAUCAAACUCUACAAACCCUCACACCCGCUAACAACUUCCUACUUGUUCAUUUCUCCAUCACAAACAACAUGGGCUGCCUUCUCUUUCUCUCUCUCAAGCCCACCACCACCACCGCCGCCGCCGCCUUCUUCGUUCUUCUAAUCACCCUCCUCUCUUCUCUCUCUACACCCUCCAAUGCCGACCCCGACCCCGACCCGAAAAUCGGCGACAUUGCCACAACGUCUGCUUCACCGCCGCCACCUGUACUUAAUAAUGUGGACACCGCCGAGAAACCCAAGUCGUUCCGGCCCAGCAUGGCCAUCAUGGUCGGAGUUCUGACGACUCUGUUCUCCUUCACGUUUCUUCUCCUCCUCUACGCCAAGCACUGCAAGCGCGGCAGCUUCGUCGUCAUCGGAGGAACCGCCGCCGACUCCGGACCUCCCGCCGGGGCGGGUCUCCGUAAAAACUCCGGAAUCGACCGGGCCGUCGUCGAGUCCCUCCCGGUUUUCCGGUUCAGGUCGCUCCGGGGACACAAGGACGGCCUCGAAUGCGCCGUCUGCCUCACCCGGUUCGAGCCCACCGAGGUCCUCCGCCUCCUCCCGAAAUGCAAGCACGCCUUCCACGUCGAGUGCGUCGACACGUGGCUCGACGCCCACUCCACCUGCCCGCUCUGCCGCUACCGGGUCGACCCGGAAGACAUCCUCCUAAUCGAAGACGCCAGAAUCCUGCACCACCAGAACAGCCAGCCCCAGACUCCCCACCAAAACGACGUCGUCAUCAACAUCGAAACCGACCCGGGAAUCCGCCGCGUGUCGGGGCGCCACUCCUCCGCCUUGGAGCAGCGACCCGGCUCCUCCUCUCACGACAAUACGUCGUCGUUCCGGAGGUCCCUCGACAGCUGGACCUGGUUCCGGAAAAAAACCGAACCCGCGGCCGCCGCCGGAAGCCAAGAACGUCCGAGAAAAGACGGCCUCCUUUUAAGCCACGACAAAACGAGGCUGGAGCACCGAAUCAUCGUCUCCUCCCCCAGAUCAAGCAACACCGGCGGCGGUGGGUUCCACCAACGAUGGAGCGACGUACAGCCGUCCGAUCUUCUCUACCUUCGCUCGGAGAUGAUCAUAAGCGAUAACGGACUGACACGUCAGGGGCAGGACCAGGAGGAGGUACCGUUGCGCUGUGGCAAUGGGGCCGUUCCAGCUGGGGAGAGUAAUGGAGGGAGUGGCAGUGGCAGAGGCGUAAUAAACGAGCGAAGCGUGUCGGAAAUCACGGGGUUGAGCAGGUUUUCGAACAGAGGGAGCAGUAAUGAGAGGAGCAAUCAGCACCACCAAAACCAUCAGCAGCGUUACCAACAGCGACAGCUCAGGCUCGUAUCCAGGUGGGUCGCUUGGAUUUCGUCCCAGUCACGCCCAGCUGUACGGCCUGAUCGUACCACUGGUGCUUCUUCCCCCACCACUCCACAGACUACACCACCACCACCGCCUUUACCCACUGUGGCCACUGCUUGAUUCUCUCUCUCUCUCUCUUUUUUCCUUUGCCCUUUAUUUAGUUAUACACAAGACGACGGAAGGCUUAGACAGAAGGACCAAAACCCAGUACGUUCCAAACGAUUUUUGGUUUUCUUUUUGUUCUGGGAAAAACAAGUUGGGCACAAUUUUCGUAGCGGCAGUGUUUGUUUGAAAUAGACGGAAGGGAGGUGCGCUAGAGUUAGAAUAGAUACACAGACAGAGGGGGAUAGAUAUUCCAGACACAACCACGGAUGCCGAAAUGGCACGUGGAUUUUCUGAUACGGAAAUCAGAUUUGUACUUUGUUCUGCUGUAGCGUUUGUGUACAUAUUCUUAUUCUUCUAGAAUAAUUUAGAUUUAAUUAGCUAAUCUUAUUUGAUUAGAUAUUUACAUCAGAGGGUUUUGAUUUUGGUUAUUGAAAAUUUGAGUACGUUAUCAUC